UACACCAUGGAGGAUAUUCAACUGAGCAAGGACCAAAUUGCCCAAUUGAAAAUGGGUUUCGACGCUUUCGAUCCUGACAAGAAGGAAAUCAUUAACACUGAUAUGGUCGGUACGAUUCUAGCAAUGAUGGGUAUGAAAAUCCCAACGCAACAGAUGCAGGCGGUCAUCGCCGAAUUUGAUCCCUUCGGAUCUGGCGAGUUGAACUUCCAAGAAUUCUGCAGCCUGGCUUCCCGAUUCAUGGAGGAGGACACAGACACCGAGGCGAUGCAGCAAGAGCUCAGGGAAGCGUUCCGUCUCUACGACAAGGAAGGGAACGGUUACAUCACCACCGAUGUGUUCCGUGACAUUCUUCACGAACUGGACGACGCGUUGUCCCCCGAGGAACUCGACAUGAUCAUCGAGGAGGUGGACACUGAUGGAUCUGGCACACUUGAUUUCGAAGAAUUCAUGGAGGUCAUGACAGGCUAAAUUAUCAGCUUUGGCACGGAGAACCGUGGUCCCCUCGUGUCGGCCACGUCCACGAGCAAAACGGAGCCGCCUGUUUUACACGUGGUGACUGCAAUUUAUUGGAGGCUGUGCACGUAGCCGUUGGCAAAUGUACGAAGUUAAAGGUUCGUAGGUGAUGCCUGCUACGGUGGCGUACACGCAACGUGAAUAUAGCUGGGAAAGUAUUUCUGCCGGGGUACCCGUCGCUUUUGGAGUCACAAUCGGCUAAAAUGUAUUUCUAACUAGGCCGGAAUUAACCCGGGUGCGAGCCGACUCGGUGUCGGGAAACAGGUUUAUAUUGACGGAUAUAAAUCGAUGUUUCUUGUUGCGUUUACACGCUUCUCUCAUCGGGGGGAUAAUAAUACAUUCAUGUUCCACGUUGGACGGACACGGAAGCUCGUUUUGAAUUCGACAACACGGCGAAUCAUAGCUGAGUUCAGAGGUUUGGAUCGCUGUAGGAAGUGAAUCUUGGCGGAAUUGGCUUUAUCAGACUGCGUAGACUUUGUACUUUGCCUGCGAAACGUGCGCUCGCUCAAAAGUGAUAAUAUUUAUAAGUAAUUCUAAUUCAACCGUGACUAAAAUGAAAUGAGAGUGAAUUGUGAUUAAGGAAAAAUAUAAUAAAGCGAUAAAAAAAAUAGCAAAAGUUAUGUGUGUAUGUUACUUUCCCUUUUAUUAUCUUUUAUCGAUUAAUCACUGUGGUAGUA